AUGCGAGUGGGGCUGGCACUUGUCGUCGAGCUCGUGCUUGAUGACUGUGAUGUUGUGGUCGUGGUAGAAAGCGUUGAAGAAGUUUCAGUACUGCUGAUGGCAGAAGUAGAGGUUGAUCCAGAAGAAAUCGACGAGCUACUGCUGGUCGAUGUCGGGGUUGAAGUCGUGUCGCCGGUACUGCUGCUGCUGCUAGAACUAGAACUCGAUGUCUCACUGCUGGUGGCACUCGAAGUUGACGACGACGUCUCGCUGCUAGUAGAAGUGGAUGAUGACGAAGGCGAAAUCUCACUACUGCUAGAAGACGUUGUUGACGGUGGAUCACUGCUACUACUGCUGCUUGUGGACGAGGUCGACGAUGAGGACGUACUGAUACUAGUCGUUGAAAAUGUAGAUGACGAACUUUCGGAGCUUGAGGUUGUGGAAGAUUCGCCUGUUGAAGAACUCGACGACGAGGUAGAAGAUGUGGUAGUGCACGUGGUAUCUGUGGUGCUCGUAGGCGUAGCAGAAGUUGUUGAGAAGCUCGUCGAAGAAAUCAAGGUAGACGACGUUAUAGAUGAUGAAUCGACAGACGUACUGGAGGAUGUGGUUUCUGAAGACGUUGAUGAGGCUGUCGAUGAGGACGAAGAUGAUGUCGUAGAGGAGGUCUCGGAAGACGUCGUAGAGGACGAUGAGCCUGUCGUGGGAGAGAUAACGAUUGGCGUUAAGAGCCUUCCGGUGCAUGAGAGAUCUCUUUCAGUUAUAGUAGUGACGCCUCCCGUUGUCGUGAGAGUCUUUGAAAAGUUAGCGAUGAGCGAGAAGGACCUUGCUUUCACUCACAAAUCCAGUGACAGAUAUAAAGUCCUGAUACACUCCACUAGGAGGAUAGAUGCUAGCUGCCAGGCAGUUUCGGCAUACCGAACUGUAUUCGCUGCUACCACAAGCACCAGAUGUACGCGCAUAUGGAGGUAUGGUGCCGGUAAUCACGGUUACAGCAGCUUGGCGUGCGUGAUUUGCGUUUUGAAGCCCAGGUGCAGCAUCCGCUGA